CCGAGCCAAUUUUGAAUCAAGUCUAUGUUGGAAGUCUCUACCUUACAAUUUUCAGCCAGAUAUUAUGGGAAAUUUUGGAAAUACUUGUCAGUAACAAGUAACACUUCAGACAUUCAAAAUAAUACUCAUCCACAUUGUCGCCUAUCACAAGAUGCCAAAAAACAUGCCAACUGCUUCCCUUUAUCCAGUGAGCUCGGGGCUCCUGCCUUCCGAUGUUCGCACCUAUGGAUUCCUCAAGCCGUUCCGUUCGAAUACCCCGAAUCCCGUGGCCACCGCCUCCAUGGAUCAUGCGAAGCUCAGGGAGAAGUUGCAGCGCAUAUCUACUAUGGAAGAGGGAGACUCUCAAAUAUUAUUUGACGAAACGUCCUUGGAGGGCGGUACGCCCGAGUCCGAGAAAUCGCUGUCGGGGCUGGCUUUUGAGAGGAAGCGUAAACUGUUCGACACCGCCGAGUUCACCAUUGCCAAGGGGAAGAAGAUGAGUGAGAUGUUCCAUCCGAACUCCAUCCCGACAUUGGGCGACACUGCGGAGGGCACGAAUAUAGACGAUAUCAAGAGAUACAUACGGGAAAUGCGCCUCAACAUUACCAGAUAGUUUGAUUCUUUUUCAAAUCUAUACUUUAUAAUAUAAUAAACUAGUUCUUCGAAACUUA